AUGACCAGGCUCCGCGGAGCUUCUGUGAGCUCGUAUGAGACCUCCCGUGGGAGCAUUGACAGGCCUCAGCACCGCUCCAAAUUACCCCCGAACGCCCCGGAGAUCAUCGCCCAGAAUACCGUGGAUGUGUCGGAUCCUGCACAGGUGCUACUUUGGUACAAAGAUGAGCGACGGCGACAUUUUAAUCUCUUGGUUCGCAGAUACAAGAACCAACUCCUCUACGGAUGUCAGGACCCCGGAUGUCAGACCGCGACCUGCGCGAGCUAUCGCAGGAGGGUUACGGAAGGACCGUUUCGUCGUUACACCGAACUGAGUGCCCGCACGUUGGCUUGCUAUCUGGCGAGCUUGGAUAACGCAGAGAGCGGUCUCUGUCGCAAUAGCCCCCGCGUCCCAUCAGAUCUCUCCUCGCAGGACUCCCACCAACGCCGAUCGAAACGCCGCACUCGCGCACUCCCCACGAAUGAUACAUGUCGAGACCGAAGCGGGUCAUCAGCAGCGGGUCACAACGUUCCGAAAGGGACUUCGCCACAAACGCCGUCAACUCGGAAUGCGGAUUUAUCAGGCGUGAAGAGCAAUGCUUCGCGAAAUUCCUCUGAGUUCGAGCCACAGAAACAUAGCGAAUACUUGCCACUUGAUGAGAGCGGGACGAUCCAGCAGAUGAAAGAUCCGAAGUCGUUCACGCAGAACCUUUUCGACACGCUAUCACUGAGAAUGAUCGAAUGGCUGCCUUUGCGACGAUCCCCGAGCAGCAUUUGCCCCGAGCAAGAUCAGACAAGCGCUCGUACUGCUGCGCGAUCGCCCAAGCCAGACAUUCGCCAUGCCCAGGUCCAAUCAGACACCGAGAAACAAUCUAAAGGUCGCGAUCGUCCGUCCCAGUAUCACGCAUUACCAGGGGGUCAUCCCCACACUCCGUCAUCUCGGGCUACAGGAACCCAAACUGCUGCGGUGGAAGUGAGAAUGGCAAACCAACAGUUUAAGCGGCGUUCGCUAACCGAGAUGGACCAGUGGCGCCACAGCCCGCGAUCGAGCCUAGAGGAUAAAACUCUCACUGAACUCAAACCGGCUCGCAAACUCUCUUUCAACGCCCAUACAUCCACCGACGAGUCUGUCAACAUUCCCUCACCGCCAGCGCUGAAACAUCGUUCACAAAAGCACCGAGGUCGUACGGGCGACACGCCUGGUGGGGCUUCGCUUGAGCAACGAAAAAAGGAGAGACGUGUCUCUUGGGACGGUGCGAAGCUACUGAACGAUGCCCAGUACUACGACGCGCAGAAACCCACCGCUGCUAUAGCAGAGCGGCAGCGUGCGUUGGAGGAGGCCCAGUCUCCGAGUGAGCACAAACCACGUCCAAAAGGGGUUCAUUCAAAACGAGAGUCCUCCACAAUUCAAUCAGUCACGCAUCUCACUGGUGAGAUUAUCGAUGGGCUGAGGCAACUGAUGGUGCUCUCCGAGGAUGAUGCGGAGAGAUGGAAAGACGAGCUUGCUUACAUAGAGUCUAUUGGCACCUUGGAAGAUUCUGAAUGGCGCUUUGCAACACCUCGCCAGCGUCAGGUCUUCGCGUUUGUAGCGCAAAGCAUCUUUUAUGCUUUGGGUAGCACCAAACAUAUCCUGCAAUCAUUUCGCCAACCCACGGCUGGUCCGACAGAGAUGGUGGAGCAGGACACCGUGCAUCCUAGAAUCCACAUGCAGCAGCUUCAGCCGUCGCUGCGCAAGUUAUAUUCCAUUUGUCCAAAAGAUCUUAUCUUCCAUAGUCUUUGGGCUGGCCUGGAAACUUUGUUCAUACCGCCGAGAGAGCUAUCAACCCCCAGCAAACCAUCUCGACGGUCCUCAUACAAUUCUACUUCCGGGGCAUCUCUGUCUGCACCGAUAAUCUCCCGGCAGACCACUGAAACCUCAAGAAGCGAGCCAAUUAGUGAUGCCAAUGCCGCGGACAUUGCUACCGUCGCUCUGUUUGCCUUGGCUAGUUCCCUCCCCGAAAUCGAUGAGCCGACGUGGCGCGGCUUGCUUCAGAUGCGUGCAACUGGCGCCGUAGCUUCUAGUUCCGAGAUGCAGAAGCUCCCUUUGCACAAUACACGAUUGAUCAUAGGUAUCACUGAUGUUCUUGAACAUGAACUUGCGCUUCGGCUGCUAGGCCGCCUUGUGCGCGCUCUCACCGCACGGUUAGCAUUCUAUGAAAUAUCCAAGGCUCGCCAGCCGUACACCUCCGAUGCUCCGAAACAGCAGAGAAGUAGCGUUCUAGAUCUUCUCAUCAAUAACCUUAGCGAAAACCAUGAAUCCUCCACCGCCAAUCUCAACGACUCCGACCAAGCGCAACCCCCAAAUCCUCCCGCCAUCAUCGCCGAAUGGCUGCGCACGCUUUUCCUGAAAGAAUGGGAUGGCAACCCUGAGAUGCCCAAGAGUAGUACCGUGGGCGGUGCUGUACAGAUUCUUUCGAUGAUGUACAAAGAGCGUAGUCGCCUGGGCCUUGUCCCGGAAGACUUCCACACUCCUUUUCUCUCAGAGAGGUUGGAGCCAUUGGAACUACCAGUCGAAUGGAUGGGACGAGUUCCCAACAACAAGACGAUGCACCUCCUGUCGUAUCCUUUCCUUUUCCCUCCCUCCGCGCUCGUGAUUUACUUCCGCGCCUUGAAUUAUGCCGCCAUGUCGAAACACUAUGAAGCCGCGACAACCAUCACCAGGCAUGUGACGCAGACAGCAUUCGGUGCCAUCCAAAUCCAAGAAGAUGUUCCUUUGCUCUCCCGCUUGAAGACCUCCAUGACCACGUAUCUCGUGCUUGUGGUCCGCCGUGAUAGUCUACUGACCGAUGCUCUCAAUCAGCUUUGGCGGCGAGAACGGCGGGAAUUGAUGCGUCCGCUGAAAGUGCAACUAGGACUGGAAGAGGGCGAGGAGGGCUUAGACCACGGAGGCGUCCAGCAGGAAUUUUUCCGACUGGUGAUGGCGGAGGUGAUGGACCCAUGCUACGGGAUGUUCACUACGGACGGUCGAACGCGUGUUUCUUGGUUCCAGCCCUGUUCAUUGGAGCCCCUCUACAAGUUCGAGCUGCUUGGGUUAUUAGUGUCGAUCGCAGUCUACAAUGGCCUCACUCUGCCCAUAAACUUCCCGACUGCGUUUUACCGCAAGCUACUGGGGCUCAAGGUCAAGCACCUCGAGCAUAUUCAGGAUGGCUGGCCAGAGCUCACCAAGGGCCUUGAGGGACUCUUGGAUUGGGAUGAUGGCGACGUGGGAGAUAUCUUCAUGCGCACGUACGAGUACAGCUUCGAGGCCUUUGGAAGCGUCGAGACUGUGGAUAUGCAGAAAGUCGGCAAGGACUCACCUUGGCCUCUGCCAUCAGCAUUGUUCCGGGCCGGAAGUGCAACCAACCGACCCUUCCCACCGCCGUGGUCAGACGUACGACGCUUCACUGACCGCAUGAGCCUGAGUCCUCCCUCGUCAAUGGCCGCCGAGGCCACCGACUCGCAUGCGGAUCUCGCGAAGUCGGUGGAUGGCUCGGUGCCAGUUCAGUCGCCAACACCUCCCGCCGAAGAGGCGCCACUGGUCACCAACGAGAAUCGUGCCCAGUUCGUCAAGGACUAUAUCUUCUGGCUGACGGAUAAGUCCAUUCGACCGCAGUACGAGGCCUUUGCGCAGGGAUUCUACACCUGUCUCGAUCGAGCCGCCCUCUCCAUUUUCACACCGGAGGCCCUGAAAACGGUGGUGGAAGGGUAUCAAGAAAUUGACGUCACCGAGCUUGAAGGACAUGCACGCUAUGAAGGCGGGUUUGGGCCGAAUCAUCGGACGAUCCGAGAUUUCUGGAGCGUUGUGCGAGGAUACUCAGCGGCCCAGAAGGCACAGCUUCUGGAGUUCGUGACGGCAAGUGACCGAGUUCCGGUCAAUGGUAUUCCUAGCAUCAUGUUUGUGAUCCAAAAGAAUGGCGUGGGAGAUACUCGUCUUCCGACUAGUUUGACCUGUUUCGGCCGGCUUCUUCUACCGGAGUAUUCAUCUAAAAGCGUUCUGGAGGAGAAACUCAGCAAAGCAUUGGAAAACGCUCGUGGAUUUGGCGUUGCAUGA